CAGAAGGAUCCAGUGGCAAGAACAGCAGCCCCAUAUUCAAGAGGAGUCCAGAUAUAACUAAAGUCUGGGGUAAAAAGUCAGAACAGCUGCUGAGGAUCGAUGACCAUGAUUUUACAAUGCGACCAGGAUUUGGAGGGCCUGCAGUCCCAGUUGGAGUGGAUGUUCAGGUUGAAAGUCUUGAUGCAAUUUCAGAGGUUGAUAUGGACUUUACUAUGACCCUCUAUUUGAGGCACUACUGGAAAGAUGAACGUCUGUCCUUCAAAAGCAAUACCAACCAGAGUAUGACUUUUGAUGGCCGACUGGUGAAGAAAAUCUGGGUACCUGAUAUGUUUUUUGUCCACUCUAAGAAGUCCUUCACACAUGACACCACCACUGACAAUGUCAUGCUGCGGGUUUACCCCGAUGGCAAAGUCCUCUACAGUCUCAGGGUGACAGUCACAGCCAUGUGUAGCAUGGACCUGAGCUGCUUUCCACUUGAUACACAAACCUGCUCUUUGGAAAUAGAGAGCUAUGCAUACACAGAUGAUGAUCUGAUGCUAUACUGGAAGGAAGGGAACCGCUCACUAAACACAGAUGAGAGGAUCUCUCUCUCCCAGUUUCUGAUACAGGAGUUCCACACCACCACUAAGAUGGCCUUCUACAGCAGCACAGGCUGGUACAACCGUCUGCACAUCAACUUCACUCUGCGACGCCACAUCUUCUUUUUCCUGCUGCAGACCUACUUCCCUGCCACUCUGAUGGUCAUGUUGUCCUGGGUGUCCUUCUGGAUCGACCGCAGGGCUGUCCCUGCCAGAGUGCCUCUGGGUAUAACUACGGUGCUCACCAUGUCCACCAUUAUCACUGGAGUCAAUGCCUCCAUGCCCAGGGUCUCCUACAUCAAAGCUGUGGAUAUUUAUCUUUGGGUCAGUUUUGUCUUUGUCUUCCUGUCAGUGAUAGAGUAUGCUGCGGUCAACUACCUGUCAACACUACAAGAGCGCAAGGAGCGGAAACUCCGAGAGAGGCUGCUGUGUACCUGUGGUUUGGCCCACCCUGGUAUGAUGUCAGCCAGUUACAGUGAGGUGGAUACCAACACCACAGGGAACUAUGGCAUGCCAGAAGAGAACGGGAUGAAGCAGGAGAGGAUGUUGGUGCAGUUGGCAAUGGGAAGUGACCAGGUCACUGGCCAUGUAGGCUCCAGCACCUAUAGUAAUGUCUGGAUCGACACACAUGCAAUAGACAAGUACUCUCGGGUCAUUUUUCCUGGAUCCUACAUCCUCUUCAAUAUCAUCUACUGGUCUAUCUACUCCUAACACAGAUGAGACUCAGACAAAUGUGAAAAACUGCCCCUCUGCUUUUCACAGUGGGGAACAGGUGCACCUGGAAACAGUCUAACAGGAACGAUUACAGUUGAAUCUUUAGCUAGCCAGUCAAAGCACAACAAUAACCCAGUCAAGGGCUUGAAACAAAUUAUAGGCAAUACGUGCAAGCCACUUAGCACAGGUCCAUUUGGCUGGUUCAGCUUAGUUGCUGUUUGUCUUUCAAGAGAUAUGUCUAUUUUACACCUACUUUCAUACCUAAUCUGUUUGGUUCAAACAAACUCUAAAUGUACAGACCCUGUCCACUUGAAGCACCACAUUUCAGUCUGCUUUUAAGAGAACUGUGCUGUGUGUUCUAUGUGGCAUGAAUACAAAGCUAUCAAAACACAGGAGAGUGUGAUAGUCUGUGAUUUUAGCAUACAGUAUAUUCAAAAGCUGUUAAAUCUACUGUGCCCCUUUGGUGCUUUUAGGAACUGUCAAGGAAGUGAGUGAAUGGGAGACACAAUUUAUUUGAAUGAUAUAAUAAAGUAUGACAAAGUUUGCACAAUCAUU